CUCUCAGCAAACGGUAUCAGUUUGAUCGCAGCUUGGUUCUUACACAUUACUAGAAUUCAAACACCAUCAACGUUGCGAUGGCGUUGAAGUUUACGAUAUUCUUAAUCGCAGCUGUGAGCGCUGCUAGUCUUCAAGACUAUCAUCAACAGCUGCAACAACAACCGCAACUACAACAGCAACAGCAACAACAGCUACAACAACAACAACAACAGCAGCAGCAACAGCAGCAACAGCAACAGCAGCAACAGCAACAGCAACAGCAGCAACAACAGCAGCAGCAACAGCAGAACGACCCAUGGGAUUUAAAACGAUAUGCCACCGAUGCGCACGAUCAAAGCGAUGAACAGGUUGGAUACGAUUUUUCAUAUUCGGUUCACGACCCAGUUACCGGAGACCAGAAAAGCCAGGAAGAAUCUCGCCGUAAUGGACACGUCCGUGGACAGUACUCUUGGGUUGAUGCUGACGGUAUCCGGCAAAUUGUCAACUACCGUGCUGAUGACCGCACUGGAUUCAAUGCCGAACAACGCCGUGAACCUGCCCAUCGCCCACGACUGAAUCACAUUUUGCAAUUCAUCCCUGCCCAAACUGUUGCUCCUCUUUACACUAUUGAUACUAUUAUAGCUCCAGCUUAUACAUCCGUUUCACGAGUCGAUCAAAUUCGUCGCCGAGAUCAAACAUCGCGUGUUAAUAGAGAAGAAAUCAGCGAAGAUGAGCGUAACGGCCGUGAAGAUCGCCACGAAACUGUUCGAAACGAUCGUCCUGAGGAGCCGCGUGAUGAUCGACGAAAUGAACGCCGGAAUGAUGACGGACGCGAUGAACGACAUGACGAUCGCCGAGAAGACCGCCAUGAAGAGCGCCGUGAGGAACGUCGUGAGGAACGCCGUGAGGACCGCCGGGAGGAUCGCCGCGAGGACCGCCGUGAAGACCGACGCGAUACUACCCGUGAAGACAACCGCCAAAGCAGUGCUCGCGAUGACCGAGUCGAUGAACGUCACGAAGAACGCCGAACAGAUCGCCUUAACGAGCACCGUGAAGAGAGACGAGACGAACGCCGGGAAGAGGGACGUGACAAUCGAGAUGAUCGUCGUCAAGUCGUACAAGAAACUGCAUCCCAAUCGGAGGUUCGAUUCCAAGCGCCCUCAGUUUCUUAUCAGUACAGUAAUUGAACUGCUACGCUGUAUCACUGCCAGACGCGAAACGUUCUCACCGCCAUACCUGACAUGUUAAUGAUUUGAUUUUGCAAAUAAUCUCAUAGAUCCAUCCAUCACAGUGAUGAUUUCCCUAGUAAUGUGAUGUUGUAUAAUGCCAUUCAUAUAACAAUUUAAUAAAGCAAACGAUGUUCGACGGAAAAUAAA